AUGGCUCAGUAUGACAACAAGACAGAAGACAAUUCUGUGACAAAGAAUGCCACAGGCCCCGAUCACACCAAUGAACAUGUAUUAACUUCAAUACGACCCAUACACCACGGUCAACAAGCCAGACAGUCUACACUGUUGAGAGAUGAGCAUCCGAUAACUGUCGACAUUACACCAUUCAAGAACCCAUCAUUAUUUUUCAAUCUGACACUUCGUUCAUUAGGUGUUAUUUUUGGUGAUAUAGGUACAUCACCAUUAUAUGUUCUUAGUACGAUAUUCGAUUUUCAACCAAACGAAGCACAAUGCAUCGGAGCAGUAAGCUUGAUUAUUUGGAGUUUAAUUAUUGCUGUAUCAAUCAAAUAUGGUAUUUUUAUACUUAUGGCUGAUAACUUUGGUGAAGGAGGAACAUUUGCUCUAUGUGGGUUAUUGACAAGUGAAAAAAGUUUUUUGGGUCCACGAAGUAAAAAAAUGAUAAUCAUUGUAUCGCUGCUGGCUGGAUCUCUCUUACUUGGUGAUGGUGCAUUAACACCAGCUGUAUCAGUGUUAUCAGCUGUCGAGGGAGUGGCUGUCGAAGCUCCAAAGUUGCAAAAGUGGAUUGUACCGAUAACAAUAAUCAUUUUAGUUUUUCUUUUCAUUGCUCAAAGAUGGGGAACAUCGAAAAUUGGUGUUACUUUUGGACCGAUCAUGUGCUUGUGGUUUAGUUCUUUAUUUGCAAUCGGUAUUUGGCGAAUAACUUAUAAACCAAGCAUUUUCAAAGCAUUUAAUCCAUGGGAAGCAUUGCAUUAUCUUAUAACCGAAAAGAAAAGAGGUUUCUAUCAAAUCGGUGGCGUCUUUCUCUCUGUUACCGGCCUUGAAGCAUUAUAUGCUGAUUUAGGUCAUUUUGGACGGUGGCCAAUUCGUUGUUCGUGGUUCUUUAUUGUUUUUCCUGCCGUAUUAUUCAACUAUUUGGGACAAGGCGCAUUAUUAAUCGUUGACCCGACUUUGAUCAGCAACCCAUUUUAUCAUUCUGUUCCACGUUGGGGACAUUGGCCCAUGAUUGUUCUCGCGUCUAUAGCGACAAUAAUUGCAUCACAAGCUAUAAUCACUGGCAGUUUUUCGUUGAUCAGUCAAGCGAUUGGUAUGGAAUGUUCGGUACCAUUUCAAAUAUGGCAUACAUCAAAAACGAUUGUUGGUCAAAUCUAUGUUCCUACCAUAAACUACAUAUUAAUGUUCCUCACUAUUGCUGUCGUUGCUGGAUUUCAAACGGGUGCUAAUAUUACCAAUGCUUAUGGAGUAACUGUUUGUAGCGUAAUGGUCAUCACAACUAUCUUAUACAUGCUUCUUCUUCGCUAUACGUGGCACAAACCAUGAGACAAUGAACGUCUUACGGUGAAAAUCUAUGGUGAUAAUAUUUAUCAUAUUACAGCAUUAUACGGCUAUACUGAAUGUCGAAUAAAACCCUACGAAAUUUUAUUACUCGCUCAUGCUCAACAUAAUGUACCGAUACCAAAUAAUGAGUUACAAGUUACAUUUUUUGUUCCAAAUGAAACAAUCAAAGUAUCAACUGUUGGAUGGCGAAGUUGGAUUCGACGUUGGCCAUUAGUGGUUCGAUGGUGUCGUCAAUAUGGUACAAAUGGAGAAACAAUCAUGUCAAAUGUCGGAUGUUACGGAUUAGCAAUCGAUGAUGAUGGACUUCUCUAUAUUGUUGAUUAUGAUAAACAUGAAGUUAGACGAUAUCAAAUAGGAGAAAAUCAAGGAACAGUAGUUGCAGUAUGUGUCGAUCGAGGUCAUUUAGUGUAUGUAUCAGAUUACAAUAGCCAUCGUGUAAUGAAAUGGACGAAAGGUGAGAAACGAGGUAUUGUUGUAGUUGGUGGUCAAGGUCAAGGAAAUAGUCUUUCACAAUUAUCAAAUCCUUGUGGAAUUAUCGUCGAUCAAUCAAGUACUCUAUAUGUGGCUGAUUUUUGGAAUGAUCGAAUUAUGCGUUGA